UAACUAGAAUUCAGCUUGAGCUUGUCCCGUCCGCGCCCACUUUAGUGCAAACAGGGGUGGCAAUCGACUCACAAAUUUAGAUGGCGGGAAAGGGUUGCACAUGUAUUUUGACGUAUGUCAAUCAGAAAGAAAUCAAAUUUCCGUCGGAUCUGGCGGUUGACAGUUCUGUGCAAUUUUAAAGAUGACUGAUUGUAUCAAGAGGAAACAGGGUGUGAGUUGCUCGAUUUUAGUAGGGGAAAAAAUUGCAUUCAAUGAAUCAAAAUGAAUACAAAUUUAUUGUCAAAAUGGUGCCGAAUAUGUUCAAAUGAAAUACAAGCCGGAAUAUUUGUUUUUGGUGAGGAAGCAAGGCGGUCAUUCGUACAUGCCAAAAUAAGAAGAUACUUGGCCCUUACGAUUUCUAUUGAAGACAAAUUGCCCAAAAUGAUUUGCAUAGAUUGUUGCAAAAAAUUGGAGGCAUUUCACCGAUUUGCAAGCAUGGCUUUAAAGAAUCAAGACAAAAUGUCCAAAUUUUUGUGCAAUAAUUCCAAUUUCACCGAGGCUAGAUAUAGCGACAACAAAUCAUUACUCCACACUUAUCUGACCAAGGGAUUCAAAGACAAAAACUCAAUUCAAGAAACCGAAGUGACUGAAAUGGAAGUUCGGAUAGACCCCAUGAUAAUUUUACAAUGCUGUUUGGACGAAGACAAAGAAGAAGACGAAAUCGAGCCGACAAAUAUAACCCAUGAAAGAAAUAGCACCGUAGAGACUGACUUAGAGAAACAGACUGAAGAAAGUGACUCAUCCUCCAACAACAUGGAGGACGAGCAAAACGACGACGAGGAGGAUAGUGAUAAUAGUGAUGAUGAAGCAGGGGCCAAAUUUUCUUGCCCAAUAUGCGGAAGACAGAUAUCGACUAAGGGGAAUUUGAAGGUACACCUGGAAACGCACCGACCUAAGGGAAAGUACGGAUGCGAGAUAUGCGGACGGAUUUUUAAAACUCAGUGCAAUUUGUAUCGCCACAAGGAGUAUCAUGAAGGAGUUCAGUACCCAUGCAGCGUAUGUGGGCGUGUGUAUCCGACAAACAGCACUUUAAGAGCCCAUUCCAUCACUCAUAGUGAUUUAAGGCCUCACAAGUGUCCAUUGUGCGAUAAGACUUUCAAACGAAACCAAGACUUAAAGUUUCACAUAAAUCAACAUACAGGUGCAAGGCCGUAUCAAUGCCCCUACUGCCCGAAGGCUUUUGCGAGCUCGGGUAACUGUUUUUCGCAUAGGAAAAGAAUGCAUCCGAUGGAAGUGGAGAGGGACAGGGAAAGGGCGGCCAAAAUAAUGAGAUAACUUUCUUGGACACCUUCCGUUCUCAAAUUGUCAAAUGUUGUAAUAAUUUGGUGUUUACCUACUUUUAAAUCACAGAUAUAUUAGCAGUUACUUUGGGAAGGUAUAUUGGGGAGGCAAUACCACAUACUUCCAUACAUAUACAAAUCAUUUCCAACUGUGGCGUCAUUUCCGGUUUAAAAAGAAAUACCAUAUUUUUCUCCCUAUUUGGGGUAGGUAUACCUAAUAAAGUACUUUUUAAUAAAUUGCUUAUUAAUUGUAUGAAAAAAAGCAUUUAACAUUAUUACACACAAAAUUAUGAUAUUUUAGAUUUUAUAAUGUUUUAUAACAGCGAGAAUUUGGCAACGUCUUAUUUCUACCACGACAGCCAAAAGGGUUUUAUCAUAGACAUACUAAUAUGUAUAUGGUUUUUAUAAUUCUGUAGUAUACCAAUUGUUUUGGCAUUGAUUUUUUCCAUUGUGUUUAAGCGGUAUAUGUAGAUAUGGAAGUAUGUGGGCAAUAGAGAGAGGUUUUUAGUUAAAAAUGUAAUAGGUAGGUAGGUACUUCAAUGUGAUUAUUUCGUAGUGAUUUUUAGAGAUCUGUGAUGAAUUUUGUAUACGAUUUCUUUUAUGGUAAUAAUAUGUAUGUCGACUAAGGUAUAUGUUAGUAAAUUAACAUUAUUUUUUUAAUAGCUAUAUAAUUUUCGGACUGUCACGGUACUGAUUAAUAUAAAAAAGUGACACUAAAUUACUAAAAAGUGUAUUAUUAGCACCAAGUAUGCAUACUUUAUUUUUAUAAACAAGCGAAAUAGAUUAUUUUAAUGGACAUAUGUAUUUCUUAAUUAAUUUUGGUGCUAAUAUUUUCUAUAAGUG